AAAUAAUAGUUUUGUGAACAUAUUAAAACUAAAAGUUUCCAGUUUCGCGUAAAUUCCUAAUUGGAUUCUUAUUAUUAUUAUGUUAGGUUAGUUUUAACUUUUAAAUAUUCAGCACAAGCACAAUGAGUGCAGAAUUAAAGAUAUUAAAACAAGGUGCUGAAGCAAAGCUGUACAUUUGCAAUUACCUCGGAAAACCGACUUUGAUUAAAGAGAGGUUUAAAAAGAAUUACAGACAUCCAGACUUGGAUACUUCGAUAACUAAAGAACGUAUCAAAAACGAAGCGAGAUCUAUUGUGCGGUGUAAAACGGCGGGGGUUAAGACACCAGCAUUGUAUUUAGUAGAUUUUGAACGACGACGAAUUUAUAUGGAACAUUUUGAGCAUAGUAUAACAGUGAAAGACUUUAUUAUAAACUUGAAAAGUACUACCAACCAGGGAGAUAUGAAUACAUUGGAUGUGUAUGCAGACUUAAUAGGUGGAACAGUUCGGAAAAUGCAUGAAAAUAACAUAAUACAUGGCGAUCUAACUACAUCUAAUAUGUUGCUUAUAGAAAAAGAUCCUAGUAACAUAGCAGAAAACACAAAGUGGUUGAAUCACAGUAAUAUAGAAUUAGUAAUUAUAGAUUUUGGUUUAUCCUUCAUUGAUACAAGUGUGGAAGAUAAAGGAGUUGAUUUGUAUGUGCUCGAGCGGGCAUUGAUAAGCACACACAAUGAUUAUCCAAAUCUUUUCAGCCGAAUAUUUGAAGCCUAUAAAAGUUAUAGUAAGAAAAAUAUAAAAGAAAUUAUCAGCAAGUAUGAAGAUGUUAGGGCUCGAGGAAGAAAGAGAACUAUGGUAGGCUAAAUACAUGGAACUUUUAUGUAAAUAUAAAUAAAUGUAUGUAAUAAACCUCCUAUGUUUUC